CUCUCUUACUGCAAUAAGACAUUUCAUUUCUCUUUUUUUUCCCCACGUUUUUACCUUUUUCCUUUUCACACGCUCCAGAGCGAUGAACCUUAGCUCGGCUACGUGUGACGAUACAGGUUAGAAGUUUCACCAAAAGACUAAAGUUAAUUCCUUUGUGUGGUUUUCAAUGACUAUACAGCAGUGGGAUAUGGACACUUCUAAAGCUUCCCCACUGUUUAAUUGGGCUAAAAUUGGCCUGCCUGCGCUCCAAAGAAGAGUCCGGAGCCCCGAGGCCGUCCAUACAUCAACCUCAGCGAGACGCCUGCCAUUAACAACGGCUCGCUUUUUCCUCAGCGUCCUCUUCGCUGCCUUUUCGCGGGGGAGGGGAUCCGGACCAAUAGGAACGAAGCUCGCGGGGCGGGACGUUGUCGAGCGGACGCGCUGAUUGGGCGGCGCGGGCCGAGAGGCGGGGCUUGCGCUUGUUUAUAUGCGACGCUGUUCGGCGAGAGCAGCUAACGGUCUGUCAAAAUAAGAAAGUGAAGUUUGAAGAAAAGAGGGAGGAGGAGAGCAGGAGGAGGAUUUAGAGGAGGAGACGGGAGAGCUACACCUGAGGUAGCCUACAUGCUGAAACCUCACGGUCCCAGGCCCAUAGGAGCCCGAAGAUGAUGAACUCUCCCGAGGGAGCAGCACCGGUGGCUUUCGAAACCGCGGCGGCUCACGGCAAACCGGAGCAGGAGGAGAGCGAGGAGAGCAAGCCCAAAGAGGUGGCGGUUGGCUCGGAGGCUAAAAGCAAGGCGAGUCGCCACCCGUUCAGCGUCGAGUCGCUCAUCUCCAAGAAGACACCCAGCAGCAGCCCGGCGCCGGCGCAGCCAGGACCCUUAACCCAGCCCAACGCGGGCCAGUACCCUCACAGGACUUACUUCACAGGUCAGAAGAGCAAAGUUUCGCUCGCUUUCCCCACCGUGUCGGACUGCCUGAACAAUGACGAGAGCGAGGACUCGAGUGACAAGGAGCAGAGCACUUGGCUGAAGAGCCCAGCCUUCAACUCCCCACCGAGACACCCGAGUCCCACGCCGUGUCACCUGCGCAAGCACAAGAGCAACCGGAAGCCGCGCACGCCCUUCACCACGGCGCAGCUGCUCUCGCUCGAGCGCAAGUUCCGCCAGAAGCAGUACCUGUCCAUCGCGGAGCGCGCGGAGUUCUCCAACGCGCUCAACCUCACCGAGACGCAGGUGAAGAUCUGGUUCCAGAACCGGCGCGCCAAGGCCAAGCGGCUGCACGAGGCCGAGCUGGAGAAGCUGAAGUUGGCCGCCAAGCCCGUGCUCCCGGCGCUCGCGCUGCCCUUCGCUUUCGGAGCGCACGCGGCGGCGUCGUCCAUGUACGGGACCCCGGGGCCUGGGCCGCGAGCCGCUGUAGCCGUGCCGGGCCUCUUCAGCUCACCGUACGGAAUGUAUUAUUUGUCUUAACUGUCUGAGGACUUAAGCCUCGCGCAAGACACGGACAAAAUCAUAUUGCUACAUAUCGCGAUACGCACUGCAGUCUGCAGAAACGCGUUGCCGUGGUCAGAGAUCAGCCUGCCUUAUUGACAGCCCUGAUCACGGUCAGCUAUAGGGCUGCGCGGCGUGGACAGACUAUAUUAUCAUGUACUGGCAUUACAAUGUGCCUUGAAAUAUAAACAAUAACACAUUGGUGAACCCUGGAUGGGACUUUGGCGCAUUAUUAGAAGCCUCUGGUCACGUUCGCCUUAACGUGCGCGUGCUUACGUUGCAAUAACCCUGGGACAAGACAGUGAACACUUACAGUACCUCUGACUGAAGCCACGUGCACAUCACUUCAGUUGUUGCUGGGUUUGUAGAGAUCUGACUCUUUAUAAGCCACGUUCUCCUCUGAGAUUCACCAGUUUAUCCAUUACUGCAAUUAUUGUAGCCUUACACAGCAAGACCCCCACACUGGGCAAAAGGGCUCGUCAGUUUAAGUGACAUUUAACUCAGAUAAAUACUUUGAAUGAAGCAGUGCAAAGCUUCAGGUUAGCAACACAUCAAUUAAAACCUCAUAAACACUUCCACUUUCU